ACAGGGGGAGAAGGAACCCGGAUGCUGUGCAUAAACACCCACAGCGCCUACCACCGAGCCUGCGGCUUCCCCUAUGACUAGGCCAUAUAUCACCUCAUAGCCUAGCGCCUAGAACACUGCUGUUGCUAGUGAUAAGCCGUGGGCCAAAUCUAGUCUCGGUCCCCUAUAGUUGUAUAUCCUUCCGCCGGGCGUUGGGGGUACGAGAGGGAGGGCGGAGGACCGGUGGUAUUCGUGCGCGCGGAGGGGGCGGGGCGCAGAGUGAGGGUGAAGCUGUCGUUCCGGAUUGCAGAGGCAGCUUCCCCGUUUCCGCCAUUGCGGCUCCUGCCCGAGAGACAGCCCCAUCAGCCGGAAGACGCGCAGCCACAGACAGGCGGCACAGCCAGGAGAGCGAUCCAUCUGUCCACCGUCCCCUGAGCGAGAGAGAGGCCACACACCGGGUAGAAGGGCGAGAGAGACGGCAGCAGUUACCGCCAUGGCUCAGAUACUUCCCAUUCGCUUCCAGGAGCACCUGCAGCUCCAAAAUCUGGGUAUUAACCCAGCUAACAUCGGCUUCAGUACCCUAACCAUGGAGUCUGACAAGUUCAUCUGCAUCAGAGAGAAGGUUGGAGAGCAAGCCCAAGUGGUAAUCAUUGAUCUGAAUGACCCUACCAAUCCUAUCCGUAGGCCCAUAUCAGCUGAUAACGCAAUCAUGAAUCCAGCAAGUAAAGUCAUAGCUUUAAAAGCUGGGAAAACCCUUCAGAUCUUUAACAUUGAAAUGAAAAGUAAAAUGAAAGCUCACACCAUGACUGAUGAUGUCACCUUUUGGAAGUGGAUCUCUUUGAACACUGUUGCUCUAGUAACGGACAAUGCUGUCUAUCAUUGGAGCAUGGAGGGGGAAUCACAGCCAGUAAAGAUGUUUGACCGACAUUCCAGCUUGGCAGGGUGCCAGAUUAUUAAUUACCGAACGGAUGCAAAACAGAAGUGGUUGCUUCUAACUGGCAUAUCUGCCCAGCAAAACCGUGUUGUUGGCGCGAUGCAGCUUUACUCUGUGGAUAGGAAAGUGUCUCAGCCUAUUGAGGGUCAUGCAGCAAGCUUUGCUCAGUUCAAAAUGGAGGGAAAUGCUGAAGAAUCAACCUUGUUCUGUUUUGCAGUUAGAGGACAAGCUGGAGGCAAGCUGCAUAUAAUUGAAGUUGGAACGCCACCCACUGGGAACCAGCCUUUCCCAAAAAAAGCUGUUGAUGUCUUCUUUCCACCCGAAGCCCAGAAUGACUUUCCUGUAGCAAUGCAGAUCAGUGGGAAACAUGAUGUUGUUUUCUUGAUUACAAAAUAUGGAUACAUUCACCUCUACGACCUUGAAACUGGCACCUGCAUCUAUAUGAACAGGAUCAGUGGAGAGACCAUAUUUGUCACUGCACCUCAUGAAGCCACAGCAGGAAUAAUUGGCGUGAACAGAAAAGGACAGGUUCUUUCGGUUUGUGUAGAAGAGGAAAAUAUAAUACCAUACAUCACAAACGUUCUGCAGAACCCUGAUCUAGCUCUGCGCAUGGCUGUCCGUAAUAACCUUGCAGGAGCUGAAGAACUGUUUGCCCGCAAAUUUAAUGCUUUAUUCGCACAGGGGAAUUAUUCUGAAGCAGCGAAGGUGGCUGCAAAUGCACCUAAGGGUAUUCUUCGUACACCAGACACAAUACGUCGCUUUCAAAGUGUUCCUGCACAGCCAGGUCAGACCUCACCACUGCUGCAAUACUUUGGCAUUCUGUUGGAUCAGGGUCAGCUAAAUAAAUACGAGUCUCUGGAAUUAUGCAGGCCUGUACUUCAACAGGGUCGCAAGCAGCUUCUAGAGAAAUGGCUCAAAGAAGACAAGCUGGAAUGUUCUGAAGAACUGGGAGAUCUUGUGAAGUCUGUGGACCCAACAUUAGCUUUGAGUGUCUACCUGAGAGCUAAUGUUCCCAACAAAGUGAUCCAGUGCUUUGCAGAGACUGGGCAGGUUCAGAAGAUUGUGCUGUAUGCUAAGAAGGUUGGCUACACCCCUGACUGGAUUUUCCUGCUGAGAAAUGUCAUGAGAAUUAACCCAGAUCAAGGUCAGCAGUUUGCUCAAAUGUUGGUCCAGGAUGAAGAGCCACUUGCUGAUAUAACACAGAUUGUUGAUGUAUUUAUGGAGUACAACCUUAUCCAGCAGUGCACUGCUUUUCUGCUGGAUGCUCUGAAGAACAACCGUCCCAGUGAGGGUCCCUUGCAAACACGUCUGCUGGAGAUGAACCUAAUGCACGCACCACAGGUUGCAGAUGCUAUCUUGGGAAACCAGAUGUUUACACACUAUGACCGUGCUCACAUUGCACAGCUUUGUGAGAAGGCAGGUCUGCUUCAGAGAGCUCUAGAACACUUCACAGAUCUGUAUGAUAUUAAACGGGCAGUUGUCCAUACUCAUCUUCUCAAUCCAGAGUGGCUUGUGAACUAUUUUGGCUCCCUGUCUGUUGAAGACUCUCUUGAGUGCUUGCGUGCAAUGCUCUCUGCAAACAUCCGGCAAAACCUGCAGAUAUGUGUCCAAGUUGCAUCCAAAUACCACGAGCAGCUUUCUACACAGUCUCUCAUUGAACUCUUUGAAUCUUUCAAGAGUUUUGAAGGGCUCUUUUAUUUCUUGGGCUCCAUUGUUAACUUCAGCCAGGAUCCUGAUGUUCAUUUUAAGUAUAUUCAGGCAGCCUGUAAAACUGGACAGAUAAAAGAGGUUGAGAGAAUUUGCAGAGAGAGUAACUGCUAUGAUCCAGAGCGAGUGAAAAACUUCCUCAAGGAAGCUAAACUUACAGACCAGCUGCCACUCAUAAUAGUAUGUGACCGUUUUGACUUUGUACAUGAUCUUGUGCUGUAUCUGUACAGAAACAAUCUGCAGAAAUAUAUAGAGAUCUAUGUACAGAAGGUUAAUCCAAGUCGGCUACCUGUGGUUAUUGGUGGUUUACUUGAUGUUGAUUGCUCAGAGGAUGUCAUCAAAAACCUCAUCCUGGUGGUGAGGGGCCAGUUCUCCACUGAUGAGCUUGUUGCUGAAGUCGAAAAAAGAAACCGGUUAAAAUUGCUUCUGCCGUGGUUGGAAUCCAGGAUCCAUGAGGGCUGUGAGGAGCCAGCCACUCACAAUGCUUUGGCUAAGAUUUAUAUCGACAGCAAUAAUAAUCCAGAAAGAUUCCUUCGUGAGAACCCAUACUAUGACAGUCGUGUUGUUGGAAAGUAUUGUGAAAAGAGAGAUCCCCAUCUGGCAUGUGUGGCAUAUGAGCGUGGACAGUGUGACCUGGAACUAAUCAGUGUUUGCAAUGAAAACUCGCUUUUCAAAAGCCUAUCGAGGUAUUUGGUACGCCGUAAAGAUCCAGAAUUGUGGGCCAGUGUAUUGUUAGAAAGCAACCCAUACAGAAGGCCACUGAUUGAUCAGGUUGUCCAAACAGCUCUUUCUGAAACCCAAGACCCAGAGGAGGUGUCUGUCACUGUGAAAGCCUUCAUGACAGCAGACCUUCCGAAUGAGCUCAUUGAGCUCUUAGAGAAGAUUGUCUUGGACAACUCUGUCUUCAGUGAACACAGAAACCUCCAGAACCUGCUGAUCUUGACAGCUAUUAAAGCUGAUCGCACCAGAGUAAUGGAAUACAUCAACCGUUUAGAUAACUAUGAUGCCCCUGAUAUUGCAAACAUUGCCAUCAGUAAUGAGCUAUAUGAGGAAGCCUUUGCCAUUUUUAGGAAAUUUGAUGUGAACACAUCUGCCAUACAGGUUUUGAUUGAACACAUUGGCAAUUUGGACCGUGCUUAUGAGUUUGCGGAGCGCUGCAAUGAGCCAGCUGUUUGGAGCCAACUUGCCAAGGCUCAGCUUCAGAAAGGCAUGGUCAAAGAGGCAAUUGACUCCUACAUUAAAGCAGAUGACCCAUCGUCUUUUAUGGAAGUUGUUCAGGCUGCCAAUGCCAGUGGAAAUUGGGAAGAAUUGGUUAAAUACCUGCAGAUGGCCCGGAAGAAGGCAAGGGAAUCCUAUGUUGAAACAGAGCUGAUCUUCGCUCUUGCAAAAACUAACCGCCUCACAGAACUUGAGGAAUUUAUUAAUGGACCAAACAAUGCUCAUAUUCAACAAGUUGGUGAUCGCUGCUAUGAUGAAAAAAUGUAUGAUGCUGCUAAGCUUCUCUACAACAAUGUUUCAAAUUUUGGCCGAUUGGCAUCAACACUGGUUCACCUGGGGGAGUAUCAGGCUGCAGUCGAUGGUGCACGAAAAGCGAACAGCACUCGCACGUGGAAGGAGGUGUGUUUUGCAUGCGUUGAUGGUAAAGAGUUUCGCCUCGCUCAGAUGUGUGGCCUUCACAUUGUGGUACAUGCUGACGAAUUGGAGGAGCUUAUAAACUAUUAUCAGGAUCGUGGUUAUUUUGAAGAGCUCAUCACCAUGCUGGAAGCGGCUCUAGGUCUGGAGCGGGCACACAUGGGCAUGUUCACAGAGUUGGCCAUUCUGUAUUCUAAAUUCAAGCCACAGAAAAUGAGGGAGCACUUGGAGCUGUUCUGGUCCAGAGUCAACAUUCCCAAGGUGCUGAGGGCAGCAGAACAAGCUCACUUGUGGGCAGAACUCGUGUUUUUGUAUGAUAAGUAUGAAGAAUAUGAUAAUGCCAUUCUCACAAUGAUGAGCCACCCUACAGAUGCAUGGAAGGAAGGACAAUUUAAAGAUAUCAUAACAAAGGUGGCCAAUGUGGAGCUGUAUUACAGAGCAAUACAGUUUUACUUGGAAUUCAAGCCACUGUUGCUGAAUGACCUCCUCAUGGUGCUAUCCCCAAGACUAGACCACACACGAGCUGUCAACUACUUCAGCAAGGUGAAACAGCUUCCUCUGGUGAAACCAUACCUUCGCUCAGUUCAGAACCAUAACAACAAAUCUGUGAACGAGUCUCUGAACAACCUCUUCAUUACAGAGGAGGACUACCAGGCACUUCGCACAUCUAUAGAUGCAUAUGACAACUUUGACAAUAUUUCCCUCGCUCAACGUUUGGAAAAGCAUGAACUGAUUGAGUUCAGAAGGAUUGCAGCAUAUCUUUUCAAGGGUAACAAUCGCUGGAAACAGAGUGUGGAGCUGUGUAAGAAGGACAGACUCUAUAAGGAUGCCAUGCAAUACGCCUCUGAAUCCAAAGACACAGAACUGGCAGAGGAAUUACUGCAGUGGUUUUUGGUGGAAGGGAAGAAGGAGUGUUUUGCAGCCUGUCUCUUCACCUGCUAUGACCUGCUGCGGCCAGAUGUUGUCCUGGAAACAGCGUGGAGGCACAACAUCAUGGACUUUGCCAUGCCCUACUUCAUUCAAGUUAUGAGGGAGUACUUAAGCAAGGUUGAUGCAAUAAAGGAAAAGGUGGACAAACUUGAUGCCUCAGAGUCGCUAAGAAAAGAGGAAGAACAAGCUACAGAGACGCAGCCUAUUGUUUAUGGUCAGCCCCAGUUAAUGUUGACAGCAGGACCGAGUGUUGCAGUACCUCCGCAAGCCGCAUUUGGUUAUAGCUACCCAACAACUGCCUAUGGGCAGCCCCAGCCUGGAUUUGGAUAUAGCAUGUAAACAAAAGGGUUGUACUGUUGGAACCUGGGCUAUUUUCUUACUGAAACUCCACCGUCCCUCUUCCGCCUCUGACCCAUAGCAGGGCAAAGUACAGAAAUUGGCUCCAUAUUCUUAAAACCUUUGUUUCAUGAAGGACAAUUUAUUUUCUACAGUACAUUUGGAUCACACCUCCAUUAAUUAUUUUUCUUCACAUUCCAUAUUCUCCAAAAUUACUAAAGUAUAUUGUUUAUUUUGAUGGGAAUGCUUUGUUUUAAGUAGACUUUCUGCUUUUUAUUUUUGUGUUUAUUUUAUUUUUUUAUUUUUUUUCCUGAGAGCUGCUUUCAACCUCUUUAACAGUUGGGGCAGUACUUGUUUAGUAUAUGGUGUGGUAGCCUCUGCUAUUGAAGAAGUUACUGCAGCACUCUUAACCCCUUACAGAACCUGCAAUACAUUGCAAAAAAUAAAAUAUAUGGUGUAGAGACACUGGCAGUGAAGGGGUUACAGAUGCUAACAGUCUAUUGUGAAGAAUCUGAUUUGCACUCUGUAGUGUUAGAAAACUUAAUAUUGACUCUCUCAAAAUUGAUGUAUGUAAGCAGCUUAUGUACUGUCUUAUCUAAAUGCAUAUAAAUCUACUUGUAUAUUCUGAAGAAAAAAAGAAAAUGUUUCUAUUUCCACAUGCAAGACUGCCGAUGACAAAAGAACACUAAUCUACAUAUUCUAUAUACCACUUCUGUUGUACAACUAUUAAUUUUAGCAACAUACAAGACAACUUUUGUGUAAAAGAAAAAACUUCAGUCACGUAAGGGAAAAUUCAUUUGCGCAUAUAGAUAAUGCUAGUGUGUAUCUCACUCCAUGAUGAACAGAUGGCCCUAUGUCGUGCUGUAUCCAGUGCUUUUUAUUUGUGGGACCUUUUCAUUCAGGAACAAAGAAGGCACCAUGAUUCCAGUCUGUGUACUCCCUGUAUUCUCCUGCUCCCUGAGGUUUGUGUAUGUUGGAUAUUGUGGUGUUCUUAGGUCACUGUAUUGAGUGUACAGAGGAGAGAAUUGAAGUAACAACAAUUAAAUAAAAUGCUGUUCAGUUUUCUUUGUGCAAUUUGAGAUGACAGAUUUAAAAAAACAAAAAAGCAAAUGAAAUAAAAAUACUCAACUGUGGACAGAUUAUACAA